CCGGAUGUAACACAGGACAAGGACAAAGUUGAUUUCACCAAGGGAUCUGUUGAUGAGUUCAAAUAUUACCCUGAUAACCCAACUUCCAACUUCCACAAGGCCAAGUUUGCCGCCAAGGGGCCCUCCAGAUACUACGACCCAUGUCAAGAAAGUGCGAACAUGAGUAUCAAAUGUUUGGAGUCGAACAACUAUGACAGGGAGAUGUGUUAUGAAUACUUCAAGGCGUAUAGAGAGUGUAAGAAGGAAUGGCUAGCACAUAGAAGAAAAGAGAAUGGCGGCUGG